AGCAACGGCAUCUCUAUGAUUUCAACCCGCGGUGUGGGAAGGGUGGCGUGUGUCUUUCGUGUGACGCACGAAAGCCUUGGGUGCCCUGCAUCCGGCAGCCGCGAUGCAUUGUGGGAAGAAGCGUCGUGGGGAGUUUGUGCUUCGCGCCCGAGCCAAACGGAACGAGUCGCCAUGUCUCACACAAUUCUGCUUGUUCAGCCUACCAAACGACCUGAAGGCAGGACUUAUGCAGAUUAUGAAUCUGUAAAUGAAUGUAUGGAAGGAGUCUGUAAAAUGUAUGAAGAGCACCUGAAGAGAAUGAAUCCUAACAGCCCUUCCAUUACAUAUGAUAUUAGCCAGUUAUUUGAUUUCAUCGAUGAUUUGGCUGAUCUUAGCUGCCUUGUCUAUCGUGCUGAUACUCAGACAUACCAGCCGUACAAUAAAGAUUGGAUAAAGGAGAAGAUUUAUGUUCUUCUCCGCAGACAAGCUCAGCAAGCAUGCAAAUAAUGGGGCACUGAGGGAGGGUGUGGACAUCAGGUGUGUACAGCAUUCUGUAGUGAAAGUCUUGUAUUGUAGUCCACUGUUCAUUUUUAUAAACCUAUGACUGAGUCGGAACUGUAAGAGACUUGUUCAAUUCCAGAAGAAAAUGUCUUUUACAUUUGAUUUUUGAUUUUUAAUUUUUCACUUUUCUUAGUUUAUUUUGUUCAAGCUCCUCAAGAUUAUUCACAUCUCCUUUGCCACCGUUGCUAUAUGUACUCCUCAGAGAACAGGAGAUCAAUAGUAUUACUUGGAGGCAGUGAAAAAUCAUAGUGAAAAAUAAAAUAAAUGCUCUUUAGUUAAA